ACUAGACAUACUAUAUACAUUUAUUACCAUUUUGCCGAGAACUAAUUUCUAUUAUAUACAAUAUAUAGAUAAUUCUCAUGAUCCUUCUCUCCGCCUGUCUCACAGUGCACAGUUCCGAAUACCCAAGAUUUAAGCGUAAGGGUCUCCAACAAAGUGCUUCUUCAAGAAGUGGUCCUCCUCAACCUCCUCAAUAUGGCAAGAAAUGGGGUAAGCCUCCACAAAAACCUCCACAGUAUAUGCAAAGCCGACCUUACCAUGGUAUGCCACCGCCUCUUAGAAGCAAAAGACCAUCCAAACCACAAAAUUAUAUGAUGCCAGGAUCAACAGGUUUCAAUAUGCAUUUGGGCCAACACCAAGCAUACCCAAUGCAUAAUAUUCCAAAGUUCCAGCCAUUUGCUUCAAAAAAUCCAUCCACGACAAUGAAAAAUUAUUUUAAAAAUCCUGUGCAGCAAUAUUCGAAAAUGCCCAAUCAUCAUGCCAUAUCAUCAGGACAAUUAAUUCAAUUCCCUAAGGAAACUAAGGUGGUGCCAAAAAUAGUGUAUAAGAAGCUAGAAAAGCCGUCAUUCAUGUCGUCACCGAGCAUACCAGCUUUAGAGUACGAUUACCAUGUACAAACCAAUAAUAUACCAAUGAGUGCUAAUACAAUUAAACAAAUUGGGGAAAAAGGUCCAAUUCACACAAUACCAGCCCCAAAUCUAACUCCUGCGGAUAAGCCUAGCAAUCUUGACUUUAGAAAGCCUCAGCAGUACCAUCAGCACCAAGAAGUAAGGUACCAACAACCUCAAUACGAACAACCUCAAAUUUCUCAUCAAUACCAAGUAACAGAGCCAGAAGAACAAGUUCCUCAAUUUAAUCAAUACGAUCAAUUUGAAAACCAAGACCUCCAAGCCUACCAAAGCGUGAAAUCGCUUUACCAACAAUCAAAUCCUGGAAUAACUGUCCAGGAAACUGGCAGUCAUGGUAUUAAUAUUGGAUAUGAUCAUGGACAAGUGAAACAGGAAACUGGCAGUCAUGGUAUCAAUAUUGGAUAUGAUCACGGACAAGUGAAACAAGAUCAUGAGGAUUUGUUGAACAGCAAAAAUUAUCAGAAUACUCAACAUCGGAAUCUCUACACCCAAGCCAUCCAGUCCAGCUAUGACCAGCAACAACCCCAAAUUUUGACUCAGUUUGCCAAGCCUCAAAGCAAAUAUGGGCAGCAAUAUUCGCAAGAAGAUGAAAUUGAUAUUUCCGAAGAAAAAAACCCUAACGCAAAACCCGAGUACCAUUCAUUUAACUAUGAUGAACAAGCUCAUCGGGCCCAAGAAAAAUCAGGUCAACAAUCCGGUUUAGUAACAGCAACUUACUCUCUAGGAUCGACUGAUGACGUUAUAAAGGGCCAAAAUAUAAACUCUAGAUCCAAUUCCAUGGAUCCUUUAACUCAAGCUCAAAUCGUCCAAAACUAUUUUGAUACAAGGUCUGGCAAUGAUGUGGAGCCAGAUGCAAAACCAAGUGCCUCUGGGGUAAUUGAGAAAGAGGUGCCCAGCAAAUUGUUUUUCAGUUCUUUACCGAAUAAAGAAGCAGCUGACAGGUUAGCUAAGCUUCAAGCAGCUGGAAAAAUUAAUAGCAAUUUAAUGCAUUUUGAUAAUAAGAAUAGGAAUCAACAAAACGAAAAAGAUGGAGAAGCAAUUUUCGUAUCUGAAGAUAACGUUUCAGAUGAGAAUCAGGAGCAGGAUAGUAAUAAAGAACAAUCCGUGGAAUAUGAAGACUAUUCACAGGAGGAUGAAUCUUCUGAUGAAAAAAGUGGUUUUGGGAAAAAGACAAAUUAUUAAUGAGUAUUUGCAAGAAAAGUUAAAUAAACGCUCCAUUUUCACAGCGUUUUUUUGAAGGCGCAAUAUUAUUAGACAUUAUUUAUAGCCAUGACUUAUUUAUUUUUAAUUUAUGUACCUACUGUUGUUUCCUUAUUUAUUAUUGUUCCUCUUGCCUAUUUAUUUAUCUCUCUUGUUGACUUUUUUUAGUUUUUUACGUAAAUAGAGUAUACCAGUAUACGAA